AUGCCGCCGGAAUUUUAUGAUUAUGAAAGCGAAUCACAAUCUUUUCAAAAAUUUAAUGAUUUAGUUGGACCAUUAUUUACGAAUGAUAAUGUAGAUGCUAAAGCAACUCCCGUGGUUUUCGUUGAAGGUUUUAUGGGUCCUGGAAAACCUGCUUAUUGGGGUCCACUUGAAAAAAUAUUAGCUUCUUCCAAUGAUCAAAAUAAUGAAAUAAAGUUAAAGAGUAGACGAUGUAUUUUUGUUUUUCCUGGAUGUGGAAGUUCUUUACAUGAUAGAGCUGUCGAAAUCUUUUAUCAAAUAAAAGGCGGAAGAGUUGAUUAUGGUGAAGAACACUCAAAAAAGUUCGGCCAUUCCCGUUAUGGACGUGAAUAUUCAGGUUUAUAUCCGGAAUGGAGUGUAUCGAAACCUUUGCACUUUUUAGGUCAUUCUCUUGGUGGUAUAACAAUAUGGAAACUUCAACAACUAUUAGAUAGUGACACUUUCCCCGCUCAUCUUAACCCACAUCCCGACAUGAUUCGUUCUCUCACUACAGUAUCAUCUCCAUUCAAAGGAAGCCAAGGGGUAUAUAUUUUAGGAGCUACAACCGAUGGAACAGUUCGUCCCUUUUCUUUUGGUGCUUGGCUUGGUAGAUUCGUUCAUAUUUACGAAUAUUUGGAUAUUAAAUGGUUAAGAAUGAUUUAUGAUUUCAACGUAGAUCAUUGGAAUUUAAGUUUUCGUAAAAAUUGGGAUUUUUCUUCAUACUUGUCAUGGAAUUCCAACAAGGCUACAAUUACUUCGGAUGAAAAAAGUGUAGAACUAAUCCAAGAAACGACAAAUACAUUGAGUAAAGCAUAUGGUUUAUUACAAUGUUUAUAUAAAAGUCCUUGGUUAAAUUCUGUAGAUAAUGCUCCGCAUGAUAUGACUAUUCAUGCUAUGAAAGAAGUUAACGUUACAAGUAAAACUUUUGAAAAAACAUUUUAUAGAACUUACGUCUCAUCUAUUACAUAUGAAGAUCCUAUAAGCAAAUAUCAUCGGCCACAAUUUUCAUUUUCUCUUCCAAUUCCUUGUUAUUUUCUCUCUAAACAUAUUGGAGAGUUUCAAUUUCCUGAAAACACAUCAAAUCCUCCAGUUUUAUCCAAAGAAAUGUAUAAAUGGCAUGAAAAUGAUGGUGUUUGUCCGAAAUAUUCCCAAACACAUCCCCAUUACGAAUGUUCACCAGAUAAAUGUAAACAUCAUAAAGGAUUACCCGAAUUAAAUAUGGACGCUUCUUCAUGUGAUAUUGAAGCUGGUAAAUGGGAUGUUUGGGAAAUUAAUAAUACAUCUCAUUUUAGUAUUAUACCUGUUUGGUGUGGAACUAAAAAACAACUAUUAUUUUUUAAUGGCUAUAAAGAAUAUUUAGAUCAAUUAGAUAGAUUAUAA